GUCCUAGAUCUUUUUAUCCCCAUUAAAAGUGUGCAGAUAGGCUCCGACGACAGCUGCAAUUACUGCACUGUACCACCCUAUUCGAAACGGAUCUUUGGCCACCUUUCCCUUGGUGAUGGUCGACCUGGGUAUCUUCUGCGCACGUUUCGGUCCCUAAUAAACUGGCGUUCGCUGGCCCUUGUGGUCGUGUUACGGGUUCUUGGGCUGGGGUGAAUGUGUAAUUGUUGAUGACAGCAGACAUCUUGAAUAAAGCUGCAUCCUUGUGGGAUCGCUCUCUUGUGUGCAAAGGCAUAGCACAGCAGCACCCCUUGCAGGAUGCACUUUGAAAUACGCAGUUUUGUCCCGCUUGCACAGUAUCACAAGGGCUGAGGUCCGGCAUCAGUGACUACGCUACCUUACGGAUGCAUAUGAGUUUGAGACUUUGGACGAUGAACUGGUACAGUGCUCUCGUUUUCUUGCUGGUUUCCAUCAACCAGCCACUCGCUGGUGCCGAGAAGGGAGCAUCGACGACAUCUGGAUGGAGAGACUGCCAGUGCGAAGCCAGCGUUGUCGUCAACUGCGGGGUGGAUGGGAAGACUUACUCGAAUCACUGUCUCAGAGAAUGCAACGGCGUACAACUCCGGCAUCUGGGCUAUUGCACAACGGGAGUGUGCAGGUGUCCCCAGAAGGUCGAGCUCAACUGUGGCGUGGACAACAACACGUACUACAACCACUGCAUGAGGGAAUGCGAUGGUGUGCAACUGAACUACGAGGGGCCAUGUGCCUCGAAGAGAACAGAGGCCUUGUCAGGCAACCUACAGCUCCACGUCGCGUCACCACGGAUUGCGAAAUCAUCUUCAUCCCCUACAACUGAGGACACAUCCGAUAUUCAGCCUCAACAACCCGCCCUUGCGCAAAAUAACCAAGAUCCACUGACAAGCUGUGAUUGCCCCCUGAAAGUAGAGCUCAAUUGUGGUGCGGACGGCAAGACGUACGCGAACAACUGCCUUCGCGAAUGUGACAGCGUGGCUAUCCAGCACGAAGGCCCAUGUGAAACUGGCAACUGCCCUUGCUCCUCAAGGUUUUACGAACCGAACUGCGGUGCAGACAAACUCACAUACGCCAACCACUGCCUGCGUCAGUGCGCAGAGGUAGACCUCUUCCACGAAGGUCCCUGUACCGACGAGGAGUGUGGUUGUCCCCUGACACUGAAUAUCAACUGUGGGAUGGAUGGGAAGACCUAUCCCAAUAGCUGUCUGCGGGAAUGCCGAGGAGUCGGCCUUAAAGGGCCAGGUUCGUGCGACCGAUAUGACGCGUGCUUCUGUCCGAAGAUUAAUGAACCAAACUGCGGCGCUGACGGCAAAACUUACGUCAACCACUGUUUCCGUGAAUGCCACGACGUCGAACUUAAGCACGAAGGACGCUGCACAGAAGAAGACUGUUUGUGUUCCCCCAUAUUUGAGCUGAAUUGCGGCGAGGACGGAACAACAUACGCUAACCACUGUAUGCGUGAGUGUCAAGGCGUCUCCCUGGGCUCACUGGGACCGUGUCCUUUUUCAGAGCAGAAACCAUCUCUCCCAAACAUUACGACGACAACGACGACUACCGUGGCAACAACGACGACGUCCGUGGCAACGACAACAACGACCGUGGCAGCAACGGCGACGCCUGUUGCAACAAUGACGACAGCCAUAACUACAGCAACACUGGCGACAACGGCAGCACCCACUAACAGCACCAUCUCCUCAUCUUCAAAUACGAACGACCCGUCAAGCACUCCUGACGCAGCCCCCGCCGGAGCGACAAUCAGUUUUUCACAUAAGCAAACGAGAUGCGACAUGUGCCCACCGACUGUUUUGCUGAACUGUGGCGAUAACGGAACAACGUACGAAAACCACUGCCAGCGAGAGUGUCAAGGAGUCCGUCUGCUUCACGAGGGCCCUUGCGAGCUGCAAGACAAGCGACGCUACAGAGGUAUUUCUAAGAUCCCGGAACCAGGUUUUCCAGGAGUGAUUGGAGCGCCGAUGAGAACGAUCAGGCGAAUGGAUUACUGAGAUAGUCAAGCUCCGGUGAAUACCGGCACACCUGGAAACAUCGACGGACUUUUUUCUACAUGACCAGGAGAGAAGUCACCAACGCCUGUCGAUCGUCGGUCCGAAGAAUACUUCAGGUUCUGCCCAACGGAUAUGCAUGUAACAUGUCUGGCAGUCUCCUCUCACUCAAUGCCUGUAGCCCUUAAGCAAAUUGGUUGAACCAGGAAUCACUGUUCCCCAUCUUGAAUGAAUAAUGCUUUUAGUAUUUGCCGGUGCUACCACUGUUAGCUCUUAGAUUUUGUGCGAUCAUAUUCAAGCAUUCUAUACUUAAUAUAGAAAACACUGAUUAUCUCUGAAGCAAAGUCGACAUGGACCGACCUGCCACAUCUUUUCUCACCGACGCCAAGCUGGUUGGCCCUUCUCUGUCCCUGCGUGCCUUCAUCUGUAGCUGUGGAGCGCAAAUACAGUCAGAGAAACUGAUGGUAGUGCAUGGGAGCAGAGGCUGCGUAUCCCUCUAAACGCAGUGCCGCAGAAGAGAUGGGGAAGAAGUAGUCCAACCUGUUGUUGUUUUACUUGUGGCCACAAACACCGUAGUGGAAAAAAAACACUCGCGGCCUUGCCCUGAACGUGCAAAACAAACUUUUCAGACGAGGCAGAAAUGUAGUUGCAUUUCAGUUGUGUGUCAUUAUCUACUCCGGUACUCUCCGACUGAGUGGAAGGAGGAAUUUGGCCCUCGUUGACAAGAAGUUUGGGAACCACAGAGGCUGAGCCGUGUUUUGGGUCACACAGACGGGGGGCUUUUUUUAGGUCAGUCCCUGAUGUACACCCUUCAGUGCUUAGAGGAGCCAGAUUCAGGUAGAGCUGUAACAACCAUGUCCCAC